AUGGACGGAGAUGGUCAACGAAUGACGUCGUGGAAGCAUUCGUUCGAGCCGGGAAGCGAUGAAUUGACUGUGAAUUUGACGAGGUUAUACAAGUGUCUGUCGUCGGGUGUUGUUCAUGACUCGACAAGUGUCGGUGAUUACUUCCUGGAAGGAUUAAAAGUGACAGUCGUGUCGUUGUUGGAUCGUUCGCUCCACGGUCCCGGCGUCAACGGGAGCAGCGGCCGGCACUUGUACAAAGGAAAGAAAAGAAGAUUGACCGAAACCUAUUUUAAGCCUUCGUUCUUGGUACAAGACAGACUACGAAGAUUUAUUGUGCAUGCAUUUUCCUCGGCCAAGAAAGAAGUGUUCAAGCUAGCUCCGCAAGAGACAUUCUUUUACCCAUCUCUCUCUCUGUUGUUGUUGGUCGAAUUGACGGGCUAUUGCUUUUCGGUGAAAUCGCACGAUUGUUCAAGUGAUCUGACAUCACUGGCUUUGCUCACGAUUUUCAAAGCAGUUUUUGGAAAAUACGUGGGAUCUUUUCCAGUUGCUGGAAGCGAUGAACUGACGCGCUCGGAGAUCGUCAAACUUCAGCUCAACAAGCUGCACGAGGCCAGGGAAAAAGGCAGACCCGUGUUAAUCGUCAUCUCUGUCGCUGGCAUCAAAGUAUGCAGUCCUGAUGGAAAGGUAUUCGAAGAACGUCGCUCGGUUUACGUGAUCCAGUUCCUUUCCUUGAUUCAUUCCGAAGUUGUCAGACGUGACGAUGACGAUAUGUCGAGUGAAGCGCUAAUAUCCGGAAAAUCUCAGCAGUUUUGGUAUCAGAAGCAUCUGAAGCUAAUUAUGUUUUGCGUGAGAGAGAUUCCUGGAUGUUUACGACAUCGACGAUGUCGGUCGUCGGCGUGUGCGAUCCCUGGCAUCUGCGUAUUUCCCGCGUGUUUGAUUUACGAUGGGCGUGUCGAGUCGCGACAACGCGGUCGAGUCUCGAUCCCAUCCGACUUGUUAUCUCGAUUGCAUUUCGAGUUGCUCUUCUUCAUCAUCAUUAUUUUCUUUUUUCUCUCUUCUUGCUUCCCCGUCGUCGUCGUCGUCAAUGUCGUCGUUGUUAAGAAUGUGUACAUGGCACACGCACUGAAGCGGAUCUCGUAUGCGUCCUGCGACCCGGAGCUGUCGCACUUCAGCUUUUUGGCCAGAGAACCCAAGGGCCAAAUGGAUCUCCAAUUCUGCCACGCGUUCCUUGCCGAGUCGCCAGAACAGUCGUUGGGGAUCCACCCCCCCCCCCGGUCCGGAAAUCCUCGUCUUGUUCCGGAGUCGAGACAAUUUUCAAACGAAUAUUUUUAUCGAGCGUGGGCCGGUUAUAAUGAUGCUUGCACGCGUUGCUCGUUCGCUGCCUCGGCGACAAUCCGAUCUCGCGUGCUCUCCGAAAACCUGAUCAAUUCCAGACUUCCUCCUGUUUUAAUGCGGUUUUGCAUCAACCGGGAGACUAGAAGUGAAGAGCUAUGCGAAGUCAUGGGUGCUGGGGGCGGAUUCCUGAGCCACAGGAAUUUCCGCCUAGCAGGGUCCGAGGGAAAAUAUUACGGAAUGCUAAUGCUCGCGUGA